UCAUAAUAUAAUCAGAUUUGAACCAUUAAGAGAAAUCCUCCCUGCAGGCAGCCAAUUAGAUCUCUAUAAAUACAUUCACAUGAUCUUCUCUCUGUUCCCAAUAACAUAUUCAACUACACAUCAUUUCCCAACCUCCUAGAUAUAUACAAUAGCUAGUUAACACUAUAGCAGGAGAAAUGGAGGCGUACUCUGCUUGCAAAAGCUUGAUGUUGACCCUGUUGACAAUUGUUUUAUUCAUCUCGCUAACACAGCCAGCAGUUACAGCAGCCAAAGACUCUAACACAGCCUACACAAACUUCGUCAAGACCAAAUGCAACAUCACCACAUAUCCUUCACUUUGCCAGAAAACACUAAUACCCUAUGCCUCAUCAGUGAAAAGCAACUCCACAAAGCUGUGCAUACAAGCCCUUAAUGUAGCCAUAAAAGGCGCACGCGACGCCUCUGUUAUUGUCUCGAGACAGAAAGAACAGAAGGGAAUAACUGCUAUUAAAGACUGCAUGGAAGAUGUCAAGGAUGCAGUGUACGAACUCAAGCUGGCUGUUGAAGCAAUGGGACAUUUGGGUGAUGAAGAUAAAGAAUUUCAGUUGGCUAAUGCCAAGACAUAUGCAAGUGCUGUAAUAACAGACGCAGAUUCAUGCACUGAUGGUUUCUCCGAACGGAAGGUAAAUCCAGAUGUGAAGGACAUCAUAAAUAGAAGCAUGUCAGUUAUUAUUAAACUGUCCAGCAAUGCGUUGUCACUCAUUAAUCAUCUUUAUGUAUAGUACUCUCUGUUUGUGGAUCGUGGCAUGAGCUUCAGCUCUGAUUGAUUGGAAUUUGGAAUUAAUAAUGCACACGAGUUUAGUUUCUUCUUAUAAUAUUCCGGAUAUGAUAUCUUGAUUAAUCUCUGUAAAUAUAGUUAAUCUCAUGAAUCCACUUUUUUGAAGUA